CACAGGUGGCGCAGUGUUCAGUAUUGUGUGUCUUGUUCUGCUGUUUUUGUGCUGUGCUGUGGACUGGCUUGGAGAGUGCUGAUCAUUAUACGUGUAGAGGAAUUAUCUGGUGGCUCAGUAAUAUUUGAAGGCAUAUUGGAGUUUCUCGGUGAUCAGCGCAAGUCAACAUGAGUACUGCUACACAGAGAAAAAGACGAACAUCAUCUGCUGCAUGUUCCCGUCGUGGAAACAGCAAGAGGAGCCGGACCCAGAUGUCUCAAACAGCGAUGGAGACCAUCGACGUGCUGGAAAGUGACAGGACUAAUGGUGGAGAUGUGGUGGAUUUAACAUGUGAAGGGUCUGAACCUGCGGUGGUUGACCUCACCAAUAAUGACUCCAUUGUGGUUGUGGAAGAUGGUGUGCACAGCAGACGCGGACAGGGCACAGAGAGUUAUGUACUGAGCAGUGAUGAAGAGGAAGAGUCCAGUCUUAGACUCAGUCCAGGCUUACUGUCCUCUCUACAUGCCAGCUCUCGGGCCAGGUCUACACCAGGGGCUGUAAGCUGUCCUGUUUGCAUGGAUGCUUAUUCAGAGAUCAUCGACAGUGGUCGACUCAUGGUGUCCACAAAGUGCGGCCACCUCUUCUGCAGUCAGUGCAUCCGCGACUCUCUCAGCAGAGCUCACAGCUGCCCGACGUGUAGAAAGAAACUCACACACAAACAGUAUCACCCAAUAUAUAUCUAAUGGUGAAAGCCCAUCUGACAAAGUCCUGUAGUACACUCUCAUGAAACAACCUCACAGCGUCAUGUUUUCACUGGCUGGUUGAAAGUUUACACAUCAAUGCCAAGAUGAUAUUUGGCAUUAUUUUGACUUGUGGGAUUCUGUUGGAACUGAAAGGGCACUUAGAAUUAAGUAUUUUUAAAUUGUGAAUAUAUAUAUACAUAUUUUGUGAAGGAGUUUUGGGAAUAUAUCCUGACAUUGAGUAGUCUGGGUUUAUGGUUUAAGGCUGCUAUAUUAAUAUUUUUGUUUUAUUUUUGUCAACUGUACUGUGUGUAGUGUUGAAUACGUCAUUAAAUUUCAUUUCAAAUAAAAAAAAAUGAAUGACCAACUGUCACAAGUUGGAUCUUGUAAUGUUAGUUUAGUCUUGAGCAAAAAAAGCUUCCUGCUGUGAUGGUCUCCAUUCUUGUUAAGUGAGAUUAAUAAGCCUGUAAUGAUAUUUUUGGGUGCAUUGCCUUCAUCUGGUGGGUAACUUAAGUUGCCCCCCGUAUCUUUUCUCAUUUAAAUGUAUAGCCUUCGUACCAGCCUUGUUAGCUUUAACUGUCACUCACAGUUAACUUGUUUUCAUUCAUUGUCUGUUUAUUUGAUCUGAAUUCAGAUUCAGAUUCUUACUUUGUCAUCAAGCAUAUUGUUGCACUCAAACAAGUUUUUGAGGAAACUAUAAAUGCUGACUGUAAAUGUUUUUUCAUCUCUGAAGACUUCUUCAACUGAUCGUUUACACACUGGUCAGAGAAGUGAAUGGUAAAUACUUCUUGACUGGUUAGCAGAAGGUGACUGGAGGACUACAGCUAACAAGGCUUGUUUGCCAACUUAUACGUGUUAAAUGUCAAUAUUUGUAUAUAUUUAAUGUAUAAAGGAUCUGUAAGUUAAGAGGGGUUAGUAAUGUAAAAACCAUGACAUUUAUUUCAAUAAACAUUUUGAUCGCU